AUGACUAAUGAGGAGAUUAGAGUGGCGCUUCUUGCCUUAGCCCGAGCCAUGACGGGACUAGCAAAUAAAGAUGUGGAUCCUAGGUUGAAUGAGAGUACCUUGCCCUCAAGACUGAGGGACUUUGUGUGUAUGAAUCCUCCUAUCUUUCUUAGCUCUAGAAUAAGAGAAGAUCCACAAGAAUUGUUGGACGAAAUGUAUAAGAUAGUGGAUGCUAUGGGUGUGUUAUCUAGGGAGAAGGUGGAGUUGGCUUCCUACCAAUUGAAAGAGGUGGCCCAAAUUUGGUUCACACUAUGGAAGGCCAAUAGGCCGGUUGAAGCGGGUCUCAUAGAAUGGAACAGUUUAAGGGAGCUUUUAUUAGCAAGUACUUUCCCCAUGAGAAAAGAGAGAGAUGAAAUGAAUAGGUUUGUGACCGGUAUAUCCGACCUUGUGAAGGAAGAGUGUCAUACGGCAAUUCUCCAUGAGGAUAUGAAUAUUUCUAGGCUCAUGGUGUAUGCUCAAUCCAUUGAGGAGUCCAAGCUUAACAGGAUGAAUAGGGACUUAAAAAAGGGAAGAUUAAAUGAGAAAGAUCAACCUAGGUUUAAGAAGAGGACUCCCAACCAAGAUUCCACAAGUGCUUCUAAGGCAAAUGAGGAGAAAGGUGGUGGGAAGAAGCAUUUUGGGAAAUGUCUAGACAGUACGAGUGGUUGCUAUGGGUGUGGAAAGUAUGAUCAUAAGGUGAGAGAUUGUCCUACUCUUACGGCUAGAGGAAGGAAUGCCAAGCAAGCUUCCAUUGAUGUCCCAAAUCUUGAUGUUUCAAAGUGGAACCGGUCCUAUGCUCUUCUAGCUAACCAGGAAACAAAUCCGGAUGAAGGUGCUGGUAUGUUAUAG